CUCUACAACAAACUCUUACAGUUUAAGUAAGAGUUAUCAAACUAAACAAAACAUCCUUCUAAUGCGAACAAUUUUUCCUCUGGAUUUUUCUUAUUCCUUUGUUUUUGCAUUAUUUGAUAUUCUUUCGACCGUUAUACGAUACAAUCGCGAUGACUACAACAUGCUUGCUUAUGUCCGAAACUUUCAAGCCAUAAUAUUGGUAACUAUAUCAUUAAGCAUAACUUGUUAUUUCUUAAUUGAGUGA